GCAACUUCCAUGGGGCUUUUAUGAUGUCCUUAGGAGAAGAUUGAAACAUUUCAACAAUGUAAAUGUGAUUGCUGAAGCAUUUAAAAAAAUUAACAAUCCUCUUGUAAUUGUGAGUUUGGGAAAAAAUUGUUCACAAUUUCUAUGUCCAGAUGCCAUUUUUGUGGACUUGACGGUAAAACAGUGCAUGGAGGACAUUUUAAGAGUCUUGUUUCCAAAGACAGCCAAAGCCUUGCAAGGUCAAACUGGAAUUAUUGAAGUGGAAACAACUCAUUCUUGCAGUGAAGUGCUUUCGUCGGGCGGUUAUGUUCAGGAGGGUUGUAAACUUGCACCUUCAAACUUUGUUUUGAACAACAUGAAUGGAAGCAAGCUGCCAAUGGAUUAUAGUUACUUUUGGGAAAUGUUUGAAGCAUUGAAGUCAUUGGAGAAUGGUAGAGAUCCAAAGAGCUUUUUGGCCAAUCCUCAAGUAAUCAAGGUGGAUGUUGACAAAAGUAUUCUCCUUGUAAAUACUGUUGUGAACGAAAGCCUUCAGAAUACUAUUUACCAUGAUGAUGAAAUCCUAUUGCAGGAAAUAGCCAGCAUGCUUGAUGAAUUGAAGCUACUAUCUGCUGCAUUGGGUGUGAGUGAAGCGGAGCUUGGAAAGAAUAUGUCAACAAUUGGAGAACUUUCCAAGAGAUUGCUGUCAAGAAUGCCAAAUGUGGAACCUAUCUUGAGUCAGCAAUUCUUGCAACACGACACAAACAUUCUGGUUGAGACAUCAGAAACUAGAUGUACAUCUGUUGACCAGGAUGAAGAGGACAAUGGUAGCAAGGGUAAGUCAAAGGCUUUAGAAGCCAACAGUGAAAGCAGUCAGGAAACAGAAAACAAGGGGAAGGGGAACAAGUCCAAGAAAAAGAAGAAUCGUAAAGCAGGCAAGAAGAGAUAAAUGGCUGCACGUGAGGUGGAAGCUGCUAUGCCAUCAUAUGUUUCAGAAAUGUUCUUCAUA